GAACCCCCUGUGGGAAGCAAAGUAUCCUUCGUGGUCUCGUUUAUCUAUGCGGUGUCAAUCAUUAAUAGUAGAUAUCGGGGACCGCCUCUCGCACUGGCGAGAUCUGCUACUACUUCAACACGUUUCUCAGAGUCGUUUUUGCAGAUGGACACACAAGAGACGGUGGUAUACACCUACAACUUACUAGCUGGAAAUGCUCCCCUGCAAUUCUCCGUGCUCGUCGAACCCGAACCCGAUCAACCAAACCACUACACCCUGUCCCUCUCAAUGAAGGCUGGUCAUGUUGAAAGAGCGCUCUGUGCUCCAGUCACCCUGAGACUAUCAAUAGACCCCCGGCGGCUGGACUUUUCUGUCUUCGUUUUCCCUCCACGAACGAGUUUACCGGCUGGUUGCCUGUACAACCUGCGCGUCUGGCUUAAGACUGCAGGUGUUGACCACCGGAUAUUUAGCGAUAACGAUCUCUGGGUCGGAAGAGACCCUGACUUUCGAUCUGUUGGAGACGCUUGCUUUGCUGUAUUGCGAAAUGCAACGCAAGACAUGCUGAUAUAUCAGGGUGCCGUAGGUCAUGCGCACGUUAGCUACAUCAUAAGGUGGAAGCUCGUGGAAGUCGGCCUAUACAGUCUCUCCCUAGAGUACGAAGCCGGAGGCGCCGGACGAACACUUCUGCAAGAUUGCUACAUGAGACUAGACUGUGAACCCCAAAUCGUCACAUUCAUGAUCUACGCCAUACCUGUAACCUCAACGCCCCCCGGCGCAUCCCACCGCCUCCGCUUCUGGCUCCGCACACCUUUCGUAUCACAAUCCCCCGCCUCCUCUGCUGUCUCGCAGUCUGACUCUUACAUCUAUCAGCGCCUCUGGAAAUCAGACGAGUUCAAGCUCGGCUCCGAUCUCAACUUUGAUGCACUGGGAUCAAAACUUGCGAUGGGCGUCCGUGAUCCAGAUUCGCCGCGAAUAGAACGUGAUCUUCCGUGUUUAAACCCCAGCCGACGCCGAAGCUCCCGGACACCUGCGAAUGGGAUUAGUGGCUCGUCAAGAAACCCUCUAGCACAUGAACGUUGAUCCCAUGACUUUAUUUAUGAACAGACUAUUUAUGCCAGCUGCUUCUCAUCUCACGAUAGUUCAUGUUUAUAUCAUUUACAUAUUUACUUACAUCC